CUAAGCAAGAGCGUGGGUAGUGAUAAUUAAUUAGCAGAAAGGUCAGGUGGUCCAUCUGAACUGUGAACACAUGGACAGCAAGUUGUCUUAUGCACACCGUGAUUCUCGGCUCCUGGACGAGAGAGUUGUGGACAAGGCCUGGAGAAAAGACAGGCUUCCAGUGGUGGACAUUGAGGUACCUACAUACGAGCUGCCAUUACCAGAGGGUGUGGGUGAGGAGAAACUUCACCAAGACAACCUGAGCGUCCGUCAGAUUGAGGAGACGUGGAGAGAACGACUACUCGAGAUGACCUCCGGGAGUGGAUAGCGGACCAUCUAGCAGCCGAUUGGACGACUGUCACUCAACUCAGGAUGGAGGAGAGUAAGAGAGAUCCACCAGAAGAACCAUUUCGCUCCCUCUACACCGCCAGGGAGUUGCUGUCAGGUAUGAGGGCUAAACUGGAUGCCUGUCCUCUCAAAGAGCUCGAGGAUUUCACUAUUCUCUCGUGUUUUGUUGGACUGGAAAUGGGCCUCAACUUUAUCAACACUGAGGAGAUCAGCUCUGGAGUGGAGUUGUUUGAAUGG